CACUGAAAAGCUUUCCAUUAGAACACAUAUUUAUGUUCGAAUUCUUACACUACAUUUCGCAGACAAGUGAAGUUACAUAACACAGAACACAAAUCCUGUAUUUUUGAGAAUACAAUGAACCGCCAUGGAGUCGUCGAGGCUCUUCUUCUGGCUUCUACAGCGUUAAUACUUUUGAAAAUGCAACAGUUAAAUGCAUUGCCACUGAGGAAUUCCGAUCCAGAGCCACUUGUUAGCACUCCGGCAGUAAGACCUCCCAGACAAGCUCAUGCGGAUCCAUUUCCUUCAAUUCCGUCUAUGGGAGGCGGUUUUAAAGUAUUCGGCAAGAAAAAUCGUGGUGAACAACUCCCGGUGGUAUCUCACAGACCCACAAGUUGGCCUCGAAGACGUCCCACGGCUGGAAGAAGAUUUUACAAACAAGAUCCUCCAGAAGAUGGUGGCUCAGAAGGAAGCUCAGAAGGGAGCUCAGAAGGAGGCUCAGAAGGAGGCUCAGAAGGAGGCUCCGAAGGAAGCUCAGACGCAGGAGGCUCAGACGCAGGAGGUUCUGACGCCGGAGGCUCUGACGCCGGAGGUUCUGACGCCGGAGGUUCUGUCGGAGGUUCUCUCGGAGGUAAUAUAGGAGGUUCUGUCGGAGGUUCUGGUGGAGGUUCUGUCGGAGGUUCUGGUGGAGGUUCUGGCGGAGGAUCUUUGGGUGGUUCUGGUGGCAAAAGAUUCACAAAUGCACAAAAAGAAUUAACUGUUAGUUAUUCGGGAUAUGGCGAACACACAAUGGAAAGCCGCUUAUAUAAUGCCCCACGUGACACGAUCAACCCAAAUCCGGUGAAGAACUACUUCCCCUCCAUGAAGAACCUGACCACAGUUUGCAUCAACAGGACUACCAUUUACAAUGAAUUCAAGAUUGAAAAAUGGUUGAUGCGUGGCCUUAAUAGCAAGAAAAAGACGAAUCGUGUAAUGUUAUCUGAUCUGCGACGAGAGCUCUUUGAAAAAGGUGAAUCCGAAUCCUGCCACAACCAAAACAACACCGACUGGCAAAAGUACCAGGAUUGUGCCCUUCGUCGCAACCAGCGGAUGGAGUACUUUAUUCCCAAAUAUCCGCGACACCAAAUCGUUGCAAACUAAUAAUACUAUCCGCUUAUAUAGGUUAAUUUCAUUAAAAUUUUAAAAUUCUAAAUGCGAGAAUCAA